AUGAGUCUAGAAAUUGGAAUCACCUGGAACCCUGCCAGAAUAACCAUGGUCUACAUCGAAUACCACGGAAUACGCGACGGCCGCAGCGGGGCAUCCAAUCCUUCCCCCCAAAUCUUUGCUGACCUUCAGCAGAAAUGGUUCAAGGAGCUAUAUCGGGAAUCAGUCGCUAAUAUGCAACUGGCGAUACACGAAGCUGGUCUAAAUCGAUGGGCAGGUGUCGAGGUAUACGCAAGCCGUCGACGCGCGACUAACGAGGAACCAAGUAUUAGGUACAAUGACGCGAUAGGUGUGGAGUUAGAGGAUCGCAGCGAGUAUUUGCCCACACAUGAUGAGAAGAUACCUGAGCAACCUAAGCUGCUUGACAACAGAUUAAUCGUGGCUUCUCAUAUGAGUAAUUUGAACAAUACUGCUGAAGAAUUGAAGAAAUUUGAGGAUGGGACGGAGGACUCGAGGACAAUGCCCAAGGCAACGAAAAGGGAUAGUACAUCCAUGAAAGCCGUUGCGACCCUAGCUAUGGUGUUCCUUCUCGCCCUAUACAUAUCUGUGAGUUUUCAACUCAUGCUCAGGACAUUGUGUCAUAACUCUUCGGUCGGACUCUCCUGGCAAUACCGAUGUUUUAAGUGGCAAUACAUAUUGAUGAAGGUAUUGGCCUUCCACAACUUUCGCAUGUACUUGGCAAUUGCCAUACCAUUGACGGGAAUUAUAACAAAUGAGAGGAAAGGAAUCGGAAUCGGGAGACUCACAACCAGGGCGAAAUGGUAUCGAAAUGUCGUAUUCGAGGCUAGCACGUUGGCGCUUUCAAUGGAGAAAAAUGUCCCAAAUUCUUGGGAGUUCACUUAUAUCAAAUAUUUUGAUAUAGGAAAGAUUACCGUGAAAUCGUCAUCGAGAAUAGUGUUCCAGUUGUUGAAUUUCAGCAUCCUCCGUUUGACCGAUGCGCAUAUUGGUAGACGGGAGGUAAAUUGA